AACGUUCAUUAUUAGCGCGGUGAGGAGGGUGGCUCUCUAUCGUACUUCCUGAACAAUUAAACAUUCAGACGGAACUCUCCUUCGUAUAAUGACCCGACCUUGGUCUUAUAAUUUGAUGAGUUUUAAGACAUGUUGUCGAUCGCUUCAUGUUUCUUUACCUCAUAACAGCAUGUCAUAUACAAAAGAAUCGAAACCGGUUCCUGGGAGUGAUGACCACAAAAAUCCAUUAGGAUGGGCAAAACGUCUGUUCCGAAUGCAAGAAUCUCAGCCAAUGCCAAACCAGUCGAAAGAACCUCCCUUACUGCAUAUGGUCUGUCGGCUGAAGCCUCUAAAGGGAAUUGUUCACUACGAGAGAGCUAUCCUUGAAAAAUAUGGCCUUGGGAGUGAAACAAAAAAUCACAGAUGGAUAGUUGUUAAAAAUACUCCAUCAGUCAACCGAGAAUUAUACGAGGUAAAACAUCUUAUUCGGGUGCAGCCUGUUAUUUUUGAGAACGGAUUGCCAACUGAAUCUGAUUUACUUACAUGUAGGCUGCUUCCAGAUGGCAGGUUUUUCAGACAUAGGGGUCUUUCCGUUGAUUAUACGUUAUCGAACUCAUCAGAACCAAACCUAUCAGUAUAUAAUCCAAACCCGUCAAACGAUCUAAAGGCUUUAUUACCUCCCGAUGAAGAGAAUUUCAGAUAUUUAAGUCGUAAGUACUUAAGAAAGUGGCACAACAAAAAAUGGGCCAACCGUGAAUUCUUCAAAGAGUUUUUCACUUCACACUACAAAUAUAAGUUGAAUCAAGAUGGAAAUGAAUAUCGUUAUAGUGGUCUUUCAAGACUGGACAAAGCAAUGACUCAUUCAGCUGAGUCUAGAAGAAAUCCCGACGGAACUUUGAAGCAGCCAAAUUGCAAUCGUUUUGAUGCUGAUUGGAAUACUUAUCCUUGGUCAAGAUAUUGAAAUCUGAACUCCUCUUAAUCGUAGACCCUUUCGUCAGAAUUUUUCCUCGAGCUUUGUACAUAUACCUGGUAUUUUCGAAAAUAAAAUCCAACUAACUAUUACUUUUGACUUGAAUUGCGUUACUCUGUAAAUAUUCUGGAAACUUGUAUUUGAUUGUAUUACAUCCCAAUGGCUCGACAGUAUUGUAUGUCCACCUACGGCUAUCUUACCAUUUCAUUUCAUGAUUCACUAAAUAAAUACUGCAUAUUACAAACAAAGUUUGUUUGCAUGUGAUAGAUUUAAGACCAUAAGACUUCGCA